CGCUCUUCUGACUAUACCACGGGUAACUUGCCACGUGUCAUCUUCUUCCUCUAAAACCCUUUGUAAAACCCUAACCUCCAAACUGUCCUUCCACCUUUUGCAACUGCAAAAACAAUGCUUGACCAUCAUCGGCCAUGGCCUUCUUCCGAUCAAUCCUUAAAACCCUAAUUUCCCAAUCCACGAAAUCCCCGCUUCAAAACCCUAAUUCUGUUUCUUCUUCUGCUAGAACCUUCGUCUCCCUCUGCUCCAGUUCCCAGUCCUACAUAUCCCAUAAUUCCAAUAGUAACAUUAUCAAAAACCCAUUUUUUCUUCGGCCCCAUUUUCUCUCUCCUAUCCCUUCGUCCACUUUUGGCCCUCUAUUUCUCUCGUCGCCCCCUUGGAAGCUAUCUCAAUCCGCCACUCCCCUUCACCUCCAAUGCGACGUCGCCUUGCUCAAUCUUUCACCCAGGGUCCCAUAUGCCCUGAAUAACAUUAUUACGUACAAACUACGGUUUCAGGAUUUAAACAGCAAGGAGAAGAAAUAUAGUGAGGGAUUUAAUGGGUCCAAGCUUGAUCAUGCUGAUUCUGAUGCUCUGGUCAAAGUUACUGAUAGCUAUUUGAAUCUUCCCAAUUUUAUUUCUUUCAGUCGAUUAGUCUCCGGCCCACUGCUUGGAUGGAUGAUCACCCAUGAAAUGUAUCUUUCAGCAUUUGUUGGUCUAGGUAUCUCUGGUGUGACUGAUUGGCUAGAUGGUUACUUGGCCAGGAAGAUGGGAAUCAAUUCUGUGGUGGGUUCCUACCUUGAUCCUCUUGCUGACAAGGUACUAAUUGGAUCUGUUGCUUUGGGCAUGGUUUAUAAAGGUCUUCUGCACCCCGGACUUGUUGCGCUUGUUGUGUUGCGUGAUGUUGCCCUUGUUGGCGGGGCAGUCUAUAAAAGAGCUAGCAGUUUGCAAUGGCAGUGGAAGAGUUGGUUUGAUUUCUUCAACCUUGAUGGGACUUGCCCUGAGAAAGUUGAACCUCUCUUGAUAAGCAAGUUGAACACAGUUCUUCAAUUGGUCCUAGUUGCUGCAGCUCUUCUGCAACCAGAAUUUGGUAACGAGGAAACUCAGUCAUACAUUACAUAUCUGAGCUGGUUGGUUGCUCUAACAACUGUCGGUUCAACAGCCGCAUAUGGAAUACAACACCUAAAGACUGGGUCCAAGUCAAUGACAACUUCGUUGUAGACUAAAUUUAUGUGCUUUUCUGGUUCAGAGCAAAAGCAGAGCUGGAAUUUUGUGUUUUUGCUUUUUCUUAAACAGAGUCGUGAGUUUAUGUUCACUUUUCUUGUAUAUUUUUUAUCUUUUUCUUUCUUUCUUUCUUUUGGAAGAGAAAGUAAUGCUUCAGAUGUAUUUUUGUACUUGACAGAAUCAUUGUACAUGAGAACGCAAUAUUUUAUUUUAUUUUUUUAAAAUAAAACACUUUUUACACCUUUUGCUA